AUGGUUGAGCUCGCCGAAAUCGAUCGCUCGGAGAACGAUGCCGCCGCCGCCGAGACCGGAGACUUCAUGAUCAAGCCGCAAAGCUUCACUCCAACAAUCGACACAUCCCACUGGCCAAUCCUCCUCAAAAACUACAACCUCCUCAACGUCCGUACCGGCCACUACACCCCAAUUUCCGCCGGCCACUCCCCCCUGAAACGCCCCCUCAUCGAUUACAUCAGGUACGGUGUAAUCAAUCUCGACAAACCAGCUAACCCUUCCUCUCACGAGGUCGUCGCCUGGAUCAAGCGAAUCCUCCGCGUCGAGAAAACCGGACACAGCGGCACCCUCGACCCGAAAGUCACCGGAAACCUAAUCGUCUGCAUCGACAGAGCCACUCGGCUCGUGAAAUCGCAGCAAGGCGCAGGUAAAGAGUACGUUUGCGUCGCUCGCCUCCACUCCGCCGUCCCCGAUGUCGCCAAAGUCGCUAGAGCUCUCGAAUCGCUAACCGGAGCCGUCUUCCAGAGACCUCCUCUGAUCUCCGCCGUCAAAAGGCAGCUUAGGAUUAGAACGAUUUACCAAAGCAAGCUCCUUGAGUACGAUGCGGAUAGGCAUUUGGUAGUUUUCUGGGUUUCUUGUGAGGCUGGGACUUACAUUAGGACUAUGUGUGUUCACUUGGGGUUGCUUUUAGGCGUUGGUGGCCAUAUGCAGGAGCUUAGGAGGGUUAGAUCUGGGAUUUUGGGAGAGAAUGAUAACAUGGUGACGAUGCACGAUGUCAUGGAUGCUCAAUGGAUGUAUGACAAUUACAAGGACGAGACUUAUUUGAGGAGAGUGAUUAUGCCUCUUGAGGUGAUCUUGACGAGCUACAAGAGGCUCGUGGUGAAGGACUCUGCUGUGAAUGCGAUCUGUUACGGUGCUAAGCUGAUGAUUCCUGGUUUGUUGAGGUUUGAGAAUGAUAUUGAUGUUGGCACUGAGGUUGUUUUGAUGACGACUAAAGGAGAGGCGAUUGCUGUUGGGAUUGCGGAGAUGACGACCUCGGUGAUGGCGACUUGUGACCAUGGUGUUGUGGCGAAGAUUAAGCGUGUGGUGAUGGAUAGGGAUACGUAUCCGAGAAAGUGGGGGUUGGGGCCGAGGGCUUCGAUGAAGAAGAAGCUGAUUGCUGAUGGGAAGUUGGAUAAGCUUGGGAGGCCUAAUGAGAAGACUCCUGUUGAGUGGAGUAGGAAUGUUGUUUUGCCUAGUGGUGGUGAUGCUAUGAUUGCUGGUGCUGCUGCUGAGCCGGAGAAGGUUGAAGGGGAAGGGAAGAAGAGGAAGCAUGAGGAUGGUGGGAGUGAGAGUCCGGUUGCUGUUUCGACGAAGAAGGCUAAGAUUAAGGAUGGUGAGGUUGAGGAGAAGGUGAAGUCUUCGAAGAAGAAGAAGGAUAAGGGAGAGGAGAAGGAAGAGGAUGUUGUGUCUGAGAAGAAGGAGAAGAAGAAGAAGAAGAAGGAGGAGGAGAAGGAAGAGGUGGCUUCACCGAAGUCUGAGAAGUCAGAGAAGAAGAAGAAGAAGAAGAAGAGCAAGGAGACUGAGGAUGGUGAGGAUGAGUCGGCUGUUGAGAAGAGUGAGAAGAAGAAGAAGAAGAAGAGUAAGGAGACUGAGGAAGCUGCUGUUGAUGGGGAAGAGGAAUCGAAGAGUGAGAAGAAGAAGAAAAAGAAGGAGAAGAAAAAGAAGAGCAAAGACAGUGAGGAUGAUGAAGAAUGA